AUGGCCGACCCAGCAAAUCUUUCAACCACGACUCCGCAAGGCCAGCGAUCCACCAUGCGCCGAACUUUGCGGUCCACAUCUCCCCAGUCUCCGUCUCGGCGGCGCGGCGCCGAUGCGCUUUUGAUGCGCCUGACGCCAGCCUCGGCUGUCGAGGCCCUCCGAGUUCCCAGCGGAGUUCUCAAGUCUUGCCUUGACGAAGCAUCGCCAUCAGAACAGCACUUUGCAAUGAGGACUGCCAUAGCGUCCAAGAAGAUUCACGAAUGGCUCGACGAGCUCUUGGACUGGCCAUGGCCCAAGGACAGCACGUCUGCAGGCUUCGAAAUGCCACCAACCAAAAGGAGAAAGUAUUCCGAGUCUCAAGAGCCAGUUGGAGACGGACACCAAAGCCUGGAGCUUGAAGGUGAGGCCAGUCAAGAGACGGAAUAUAUGGGUAGUGUGCCGGCCACCGAAAUUGUGCGCUAUGAAGGCAGGAUUGAGCAAGUACAAAAAGGGUUGGAUGAACUCGACCUUGAGGACAUCAAAUCCCAUGUACUCUUCAAUCACAUCAUGCCUCUAUCGCGAACAGGCACGCCCAUUUCAGAUGCCGGUUUCACCUUUGCCGCAAGCUCCAUGCCGUAUACGAAAAUGGAAGACAUAACCGCUGUCAUAACUGCUAUUACUGUGCAAACGCUGCCGAAUCUUUCCAGAUUGACAAAGUUACUCAAGACGUGGAAUAUUCGAAUAAUCGUCCUGCGCAAAGUACCUACAGUUCUGAGGUUGAUCACAGAAGCUCAGGUUGCGCUGAAAUCCGGCUGGAGUGCUAUACAGACAGCGCCGCCACCGAGCACUUCAGUAGUAUCCCGAAAAGAUUUUGAGGUGAUGAAUUCGGUUCUACGGCAAAAAGUGUCUCUCCCAGGGCGAGAUCUCGACUAUAUGCUGGAUAUUCUAGAAGGGAUGAGGGACACACUACCUGAUGCCUGGCUUGAUCAGAUGGAUGCUGUGGAGAAGGAUUACGCCGAGUGGGUGGUUACAGCGGAGAGGCGUGUGAGGAGAGGGGAGUGGGGAGACGUCUAUGCUCCAUCGCAAUCGGAAAGGGGCCGAGCAGCUCCUACAUCCCCGCAACCGAAGAUCCGGAUUCAGACUCCCAGUCCUACUAGAGAUCAAAGUGGUAGAGGCAGCGCUUCGAGCGAAGAGGAGGUCUCUACCCAAGGCUCUACUGAACAAUUUACCGGUGCAGUGGAGGAUGUGUCCCAGCACGCCCUUCAAAAGCGGGAAACCGAGCCAAGUCGGCGAAAGGCUCAAGAUGUCGAUGGCCCAGCUGACGGAGUAGUAUCGGAGGCCGCCCUUUCCGAAAUGAACCGAAACAUUCUUCGCGCUGUACCAGAAAUCUCAGUUGCAGGCUCCCAACUUCAACACAAGAAGAGCUUGUCAGAAUUUGAUGCGGAAUCCUCCAUCCUGGAGUCGGUUUAUGAGGAGGACGAGGACGGCGAAGACGAGCUUCAGUUACCCCCUGCAAGAUUUGACGCACGGCGGUUUAGCGAAAGGUCAAUGGCAUCAACCGUACUACGUGAUCCUGCCAGUGACUUUGGUCUCUCUGACAACGACGCUCUACGGGACGAUUUCAGCGAGCUCGAACUAACCCGAGUGCCAGACGCGGACGCACAGUUUUCUAGUGAUGGACCAAGUCCGCCUAGUUCGCCACCGCUGAGAUACAUGCGCAGAACACCUUCUGUAUCAUUCAACGGCAUUCCGGAGUCGCCUGAAGAAGAUUCAUCGCCUCCGCUUAGUCCUUUGGAUCCGCCCCCGCACAUAUUUGAUACCGAGAGCUCCUUUGAUUAUGGUACCCGAGCGAGCAGCCCCGAGCACCCGAGCACCGUCAGUGAGGUUGGUGAUGAUUUGCACCAGCAAAUUAGGGCCGUUCUGAAGGGCAUUCCCAGCAAUAUCCGUCUAUCUACAAGGCCAUCUGCCAUCAACUUGAAUCCACCUGAUCUGCAACUGCCGAGCCGCCCAAGGGCAAGGACCUCGGAACCAUAUCGCCGCAGCACCUCUGCUGUCUCUACUCGUUCGACCAUGUCUUCUCGAUCCGAAACUCCAUGGCUCCUUGCACCAGCUCGAGCAUCACGCCCCCAAUCUAGAGCUAGUCGCGAGACACAGACUUAUUACCUAUCACGAUCAAAUGGCGAACCUCCAUUGAAGUUGCUCGUGCGCUGCGUUGGAGAGAAGGGAGAGCGGGUCAUGGUUCGGGUUGGUGGAGGUUGGGCCGAUUUGGGCGAGUAUCUGAAGGAGUAUGCGAUUCAUCACAGUCGAAGAUCCAAGGGUGAAGGCAAGGUCGAGGUUAGAGAUUCUUCGACCCUGUCAGCCACCAAGACUGGAUCCAGCCCGCCGGCUCGACCAGCUUCCGCACUCGAUUCGCCAAUGACACCACUUGCAAUACGAAAAACUCGAAAGGUUUCGGGUGGUGAGAAUUCAUUAAGACGACCUGCAGUGCCAGCACGGCCUGAUAGCCCACCGUCUGACGAAUCAAGUGGCGAUUCGCGGGACUCGUACGCUCCAUCGAACCCAAACAGCAGCAUUCUGGGCAUGUCAGGUCCACACCCAAAGAAGACGAGAUCGCUCGACGAGGAAAGCCGUCAAUGGGUCGAGGAUAUGAGGAAUAAGGUUCGCACCGCUAGUGGUGAGCAGCGGACUGCUUCCGGGCAACCACAGAAUGGCAACAAGUUUGGCGAACUAGGCAAAGUUGGAGGAACCAAGCGCGUGUAUAGAAAGAAAGUCGCUUGA